CACUGCAUAUGAGCAACGAAAAAAAACAAUAAUAAACAAGAAACUUUAACCAAGAAAAUAAAAAGAAAAUGGAUCAGGGAAGCAGAAGAGGACGCUCUCCCCACUGGGAAAGAAGGCGGGCUGCUAGACCUGAUGCACUGACCUACAAACAACUGCAGAAAAUGCCUCUGAAUCUGCGAAAGAAAGCCGUGCGGGAGGCUCGAAAUCGGCACGAGAAGAUCCCGGGCAGGCGAAAGGAGCGGAAAAGGAUUUCCCGGGAACUGUCCACUACUCCACGCCGCCAGCGCAACGACUUUGACCGAUCCGAGCACAAUGCCAUGCUGGCCAGCACCUCGCAGGAACUACGACGCAUCCUGGCGAGCUGCGAGACGCUCUCGGAUAUUCCGCACGACAUUACGCCCACUGAGUUAAUGGGAGAGAUAGCCAUCGCCGAGGGUCAGGCCACCACAGUCCACGUGCAGCGAGAUGGACUCAGCACUCUCACCGUAGUGCUCCACCAAAGUGAGCCGACGAUCGCCCAGCUGAAGAGGGCAAUAGGUUUGAUCUCUCAGGCACAGCACAGGCGCAAGCAACGCGAACGGCACGAAGAGCGUCUCAGGCGUCGGGGAAUUGCCGAAGAGUCGGCGGCUGGCGAGUCGGGGCACGAAGAUGGGCGGCCGAGACGGCAACCAGUUGUGGCUAUGGCCAGCUCCACCGGCGAGUUAGUUCACUCCGCUCAGCGCAACGGGCACGAUCAUCGCGCAUUCGUCUCGUGGCGAUUUCUAUGGCGCUGCUUUGGCCUGCUCAACGUGGACACCAAUCAGCCGAUCGACGACCGAAGAUCCAACGGCAGAGCCACAUUAAAGGAGCUAGGUAUUGAGAACGCGGCCACCCUGAAGUUUGUACAUCGCGUCAAGUAUUUCGGGCGCCAGCGGCAAAGCUAA